GCAUUUUGCUGCGUCACCAGCCGCCGCCCGGCCUCACCACCCCUCGCUCGCACGCACGCACGUUCAUUUUCCGUCCUCGCGCCCCUUUUCCUACACUUUCCUCUUCUCCCCGAUCGGAGGAGCCGCUCUCUCCGCGCGGUGCAUUCUGGGGACCCAGGUCGAGCCCGCCGCCACCGUCGCCUGAGGGAAGCGAGAAGAGGCCGCGACCGGGAAGAAAACGCCGGAGUCGCCACCGGAGUAGAGUCGAUUGCCCAGCAGCUGCCGCCGGAGAGGCCCGCCCACCCGUUCGCCCGUCCCCCCUGCCCCGUUCACGAUGCAGCCUGCUUCUGCAAAAUGGUACGAUCGAAGGGACUACGUCUUCAUUGAAUUUUGUGUUGAAGACAGUAAAGAUGUUAAUGUAAAUUUUGAAAAAUCCAAACUUACAUUCAGUUGUCUUGGAGGAAGCGAUAAUUUUAAACAUUUAAAUGAAAUUGAUCUUUUUCACUGUAUUGAUCCAAAUGAUUCCAAGCAUAAAAGAACGGACAGAUCAAUUUUAUGUUGUUUACGAAAAGGCGAAUCUGGCCAGUCAUGGCCAAGGUUAACAAAAGAAAGGGCAAAGCUUAACUGGCUUAGUGUGGACUUCAAUAAUUGGAAAGACUGGGAGGAUGAUUCAGAUGAAGACAUGUCUAAUUUUGAUCGUUUCUCUGAGGAUUCACAAGACAGUGAUGAUGAAAAAAUGCCAGAUCUGGAGUAAGGAAUGUUGUCAUCACCGGAUUUUGAGAAAGAAAAAUAACUUCUCUGCAAGAUUUCAUAAUUGAGAGAAUUCCUGAGUUGAUAGCUCUAAAGGCAGAUGCUGUAUUUGCCUCCUUUAACCCAUUUUUCAACCUGUUUGUUUUUUUAAGGCUUCACUAAGGGUUGAUAUGUACCAUUGUAUGGGGCAGUUUUAAGUCAGCUAAGGCAAUAACCUUAUGCAUGAACUUUUCCCAGACUUCCAUGAUGCUGUUGAGGUCCUAGACAAUUGAUACAGCAGUUGUGAUAAAUAAAAACAUUUCACCUCAGUCUCCUUUACUUCAUAACAUAGAUACUGACAUGAUAGGAAACUCUUGGCUUAGAAGAAAGAACUAAAUUUUAGAUUUUAGAACAUGGACUCAAAAGUGGCUGAUGAAACAAAUUGGUUGAUACCUUAAACUGGUAACUUGUUGUUCUUCUGGUAUAUCCUCCAGGAUUAUUCCACUAAAGUUUUAUUUUUCAAAAAAUUUACUUCACAUUAUUGUAAGUGAUCACUUGUCAGUGUUCCAGAUGUAUCUUAGCUAAAACUAGUGAAUGCCCUAACUUAGAUGGUUUUGAAGCCUGUACAUUUGGUAUUGUUUGACCCUUAAACUUUUACAUCUCUUAGCAUGGAGGACGAAGAAAGGCUGUACAUUGUUGCUUGAGAGUCUGUACAUUUAGACCAAAUUGUAUUUGCACUGUCAGUAUGGCAAAUGAGUGAAAAAAAUGUUAAUACACUAUUGGAUUUUUUAUUUCUUUUUUUGAUUCAGCUUGUCCCAGGCUGAAAACCUCAAUUUAUGUUCAUGACAGUGGGGAUUUUUUUUUUUAAUGUCUACCUACAUUCUUUCUAAUAAACUGUUGGAAGACUUUUUGGCUGUCCUUUUAAGUGUCUGGUUUACUGUAAUUUCAUGUAUUACCAUUUACUGGAAUGGAGUUUUUAUUUGAGGAAGAAUUGGGAAUAUUCCUCUGUUUGGGAAAAAAAGAGGCUUGCUGUAAUGUCGCAGGAAACCUUUUAAAAGUGGAUCUGUAAUAGCAAAUUGUAGAUGCACUUUGCAGCAGUUGGAAAAGAAAGUGUUGUGAUUUGAUUGAAAUAAAACUAAAUGUGUUGUCCUCCUGUAAA